CUUCAAUACUAUUUCGAGAAAGUCUACGAAAAGGCCCUUGUAAAAACGCAUCUGGAUUUGGAAGAGGCCAGCUACGAGUACUGGCACAAGGACCGUUAUGUCUGCAUAGGUGAUUCGAUACACAAGAUGACGCCUAACGCAGGCCAGGGUGGAAACAGCGCAAUUGAAAGUGUUGCUACACUUUCUUAUCACCUUUCAGCUCUACUUCGGCACACAUCUUGUCCGAAAACAGAGAAUCUCAAACAACUGCCUUCAGUCAUGACAGAAGUCUCGUCGCCCACGAGCCCCAAAAAUUCCCAAUUCAGCGAAUGA